AGAAAAAACAAAAUCUCCGGAGAGAUGGUAAUAAGUUGCCAGAUAUAUAAUUUUAUUCAAGAGAGCAAACGUUUUCGGUUAUCAACCUUUGUCAAGCUAAAGAAAAACAUGAGAAUAGCAAAAUAUAUAGCAUAUGGAAGGCUCAAAACAUGGUUCCCACAGAACAGAAUGCACCAAUAGGUGAGCAGAACAAAACGUAGUACCCAAUAGAAAGCUGGUAAAUAAAACAAAGCAUAAAACAAAGGAACAAUAGAACAAUGGAGGGAGGAAGCCUCCCUCCCUAAAAAAGCACUGAUGGGUGGGACAAAAUAAGUCAGAGCAAAACAUGGCAAAAUAAUAUAUAAAAAAGAAAAGGCUAAAAAAAUCAUAAUCAAAAUAAAAUAAAUAGAAAUAUAUAUAGAAAUGAUAUGAAAAAAAAAAACAUAAACAUCAGCAUAGUAUAUGGUAUAACAUAUUCAGUAAAUGGGCCUAUUAAUUUCUGAAAGAUUUAAAUGAUAUAUUAAGUCCAUUACGGGCAAGUGUUCCAAGCUUAUAUAUAAUACGUUCUUCAGUGUUUUUUCUCAUGUUAUCUGAUCCAUGGCACAAAGUCAGUCCGGUGAUUUGAAUGUCCUUGAGAGAGUGAUUAUUGGUAGAAAAGUGGGCGGCAACUGGAAGACCAGGUAGUUGGAGUUUGAUGGAUCGUAGAUGCUCAGUGAAGCGAUCACUCAUACGCCGUUUGGUUUCUCCAAUAUAUAAUAGUUGACAUUUAGUACAAAUAAUAGCGUAAACUAUAUUACAGGAAAUACAUGAAAAAGUGUCUUUUAUUCUGAAUGUACUAGCUGGUCCGUGGAUGAUAUCGGUUGAGUAAACAUGAGCACAUGUUUUACAUCGUGGUCGAUUACAAGCAGUAGUAAAUCCAAUAGGUGGUUGGAGGUUUACAAAAUGCCGGAAUUAAAGCAAUUAAAACAGGAAGUUUCAGAAAUAUUGGAGCCAUGUCUGCUGUAUCGUUAAGUACGAACUCUAUUAAGUACCUUCCACCGAGAUUUAUUAAUGCAAGUUUUUUAAUAAAGUUAGCAUUAUCGUCCAAUAAAUUGGUGCAUAUUGACUCUGAGGCAUUUUCUGAGUUGGGAAAGUUAACGUGGUUGGUAUUGGAUAAUAACUUAUUAAAAGAAAUUCCGGUCGCUCUUUAUAAUCUCGACAUAUCGAGUACUUUAAUCAUCAGUAUGAACUCAAUCGACUUCAGCUCACAUCCCAAUAGAAGCAUAAUUGCCCACUCGCCGAGAACAUUGAUUAUUGCAAAAAAUGAAAUACAAUCAAUUUCAAGAAAUCAUUUUUGUAGUUUAAAAUCCCUGGAAAGGAUAUUCAUUUACAUGAAUAAGAUAUCAUUUAUAGAAAAUGGAUCGUUCAAUGGAACCAGUCUCACGCAUUUAUAUAUAUAUGGAAAUAGUCUCCAUAAAAUCACAGGUGGAAUGUUCAAAGUAGGCACUGGUUCACUUCAAUAUCUAUACCUAUUUAAUAAUCCAAUUGAAAACAUCGACCAAGGCGCAUUGUCCAAUCUGGCUCCGAAUGCAACAGUGUAUCUUGAAUGUGGAAAUCUCGAAUACAUCCCGUCGAAGAUAGCAGGACACACAAAUGCAACGUGUGUCACAAAUAAAACAGUACUCACUUUCCCAGCCGGUUAUUAUUCAAUUCACUAUUUAUAUGGAAUGACGUGCGAUAGUAUAAUGUGCAAGCCUUGUGGACUUGGUUUAUACGGGCGGAUUUCAGGAUCAGGUUGUUACACUUGUCCAGCAGGGGGUUUUUAUCAAGACAAUCGUGGAUAUGUUAAAACUGGUAAUUUUAAAACCGACUGUAAACGGUGUAUAAAUGGAACAUUUUCACCUUAUCCGGGAGGUACUUCAAUAUUUGCUUGUCAGUCAUGCCCAUCGGGAACCAACACUGAUGUAAUGGCAGAACUUGAUGCAUGUCCAUGCUUAGACAACUUUUAUCGCACUUACCGCUACGGUGCAUGUAAGUCGUGCCCAGAAGGCGUUGACUGCACAGGUGGUUACCAGAAUUUGAGCAAGGGCUACGGGUGGUCGUGGAAUUUUAGACGUCGUCCGAAUCGUUUAGAUGAGUACAACCAAUUUAUUCAUAAUCUUACUACUUCCAAUUUCAAUCUCUCUGAACCUAAUAAUUUAAACGACACAGUGUACACAGGAAAUUUCCCAGUGGCCCAUAAGUGUCCACGAAGUGAGAGUUGCCUUGGUGGAAUUGAAGCAAAUUGCUUGGAAGGUUAUUCUGCUAAUGUUUGGUUAUGUGCUGAGUGUAGUGACCAUUAUUACGAAUUAUUCGACAAGUGUUACAAAUGUCAGGAUAAACAAAUAAUAGUAAUAGCUCUGAUAUUGUUAAUUUUUGUGCUCUUAUUUGUUUCGUACCUUGUGUGGAGACUGGAUAAAAGAAGAGGCGAGACAAUACGCAACGACUCUUUCGUGAUUCAUCUAAAAAUUGCCGUCAAUUUCUAUCAAGUGCUGGGCAUUCUGUCUGAAGUUAAUGAAAUACAUUGGCCAGAUUCGUUUCAAUCUGUUGGAGAGAGUGUCCAAUAUCUCGAUGUAAUACGUUAUGUCAAUAUUCUGAGCCCAAGGUGUAUUUUUCCUGGUGUUUGGAAUGCUUACACAUUUUUGUAUAUUGCCAUUGCAACACCAUUCACUAUUAUUGUGUCAACAUCUAUCAUCUUCCUCAUCUGGUACCUUUACAAAAGAAACAAAGAGGAUCACUCUGUGCAUCGCUUUACAGACACAUUCUUGUCGAUUACAAUGCUGUUGCUGUAUUUGACCUAUGCAAACACUUGCUCAAACAUAUUGGCGGUCGGACCGUGGUCAAUUCGUACGUUUAAUGUUACAGAGGAUGGUGAUGAAAAACGAGUGUUAACUUCUGACUACUCUAUCGAUAUCGAUGAAUCUAAUGGUUCAAAAUACGAGACUAACAAGAACAUCGUUUAUGGUUCGUUGGUGUAUGUUAUUGGUUUUCCACUUGCUAUUAUUCUGAUAUUGUACUGUAGAUACAAACGUCAUGGUGAACGAUCUGGUACCAUGGGAAUGAGGUUCUUCUGCAAGCAAUAUAGUCCCAAGUUUUGGUACUGGGAGGUAAUUGAUAUGUACAACAAGGCUAUACUCGCCCUCAUCGCUAACUUCAAGGACGACCAGCCCUCCAACAUGUCAUAUUCCCUCUUCAUUACAGUCAUCCUCAUAGCAUUGCAUUUGUAUCUUGAACCAUUAGGGAAGAAAUCUGAUCAGAGGUUCCAGUUGUUGACACUUGUCUUCAUUAUUGUCAACUUGUCGGUUGGCGCAAUUCUUGACAUGGAAGCGUCCGGAGGACACUCGGUGUACACCACAGAUAAAACAAUAUUAGUGCUCCAUGACAUCACACCCUACAUCCUUUUGCUGCUCAAUCUGUCAAUUCUGUUUGUAGUUUUUGUUGAUCUGCUUAAAAAAGUCAAGGAUAGCUUCUGGAGAAAAUCGGCUAGCUUACAGGAACUCAGAAAUGUUGCAAAUGACGUGGAUGAUUCGGAUGAACUUUCUCCACUAGUUCAAGAUUUCGACAGCUUAUCAACCUACAAUCCCACGAAUAAUAACUAGUAGUUGUAAAUGGCAUAUCAACGUUAUAAUCGUUUACCAUACAAUUUAGUAGAUAUAUUAUGGUAAUGGACUUAAUUUCAAUAGCAAAUGAUAAAAUACAGUGCAUUCUUUCUACGCGCUCUUUACCCAGUAUCAAGACAAGACAAAGAAUACUACAUAAAACAGGAACAGAGACAAAUAAGAAUUGUAAAAAUAGAUGAGAUUUAACUCUGGACCAAAGAUGAAGAUGAUUUUUUGAAAUUGAGUAGGUCGAUCCACAAUAAUAAACUAUAGAUAUACAUUAUACAUGUACACAGUCCCUAUUUGAUUUAAUAGCAAUAUCUUUUUUUUACGAUUUAAAACACGUGGUUAGGUACUGCGAGCAACUUCAUUUUUCUCUACAAAGUAAUGUUAUCAUAUCUCUCUUUUAACCUAAAACUCGAAGAAUCGGUUUUUACCCAAAACCACAAAGAACCGUUCUUAAAAAGUACGGUUCUUAAGAACGGGGUUUUCUCUUCUGUAGAAAAAGUCCAAUACACGUCAUUGUUUGUUGGAGCAAGUUUUGUCCAUGUAACAGUCGGAAUGUUCAGAACGUACUGUUUAUGGUUUUAAUCUCAAUAAUCAAUUAAUUUAGUAAAUAUACACUUGCGUGUCGUUUGUUGAUGACGAUUGACCUUGAUACGGGCAUGCGCAGCUAGAACUACGAAUUUGCUUAUUGAAAUUUGGGACAAUACAUUUCUAUAUAUUAUUUGGAUCAUGACUCUUAAAUUUGCUUUUAAAUUAUUUAUGGAUUUUCCUGUUAGAUUAGCAAUUGCGUUAGUUAAUUUUUGACAUCAUUCGAUAAGUAGGUAAUAGAAAUCUGACUCUCAGUGUAACAUUGCUCUUUAA